AAUGAAGAGGCAAAUUAGUUGUUAACUGCAGAAAUGAUCGACCUUGACAUGUUAAGAUACUAGAUAUUGAUUUCAGUCCUUUGUCAUUCAAUGCUAAUAGGACAUGGCUUAUUGCGUUCUAGCUUAUUUUAUGUUAUGACAAGACCGCAAGGUACAAAGGAAUUCUUUAAUUUUUGUACGGCUCCGAAUAGAAUAAAAUCCAAGAUUCAUGAUUAAUCAAUCAUGUCUGAAAAUAUUUCAAGAUAUUGUGAACCAUGUAUUAAUGGACGAAAUGUAACAGUUGAUGCAAAACAACAUUGUACUGAUUGUGAAGAAUCAUACUGCGAGAAUUGUUCUGCUGCUCACAAGGCACAAAAGGCAACGAGGAAUCAUAAGCUGACAGAUAUUGAGGAGUUUCUUGACAACAAUGUGUCACUGUCUAAAUAUUGUGAACCAUGCUUGGAAAACGGAGUGUCAGUCGAAGCAGUAGCAAGGUGUGAGGAAUGUAUUGAAUUUUACUGCGAAAAUUGCGCACGAAUACAUAAAUCCCAAAAGGCAACACGGAGUCACGAAAUAACCACGCUUGAUGUGGAAAACAAGCGUUGUGUGUGCGAGGCAUGUAGCUAUAAUGGAGAUGAAGAUCGACCGUCCUCGGCCAUGUGUGUCACGUGUGAUGAAGUACUGUGUUUUGACUGCACAAAGGCUCAUAGAUCUCAAAAAGCUACCAGGGCGCACCAGAUUGAAAAUCAGCAAGAUACAAGCAAAGCGUCUCCCCGCAUAGAAACAGGUCGGACAUCCUCGGCAAGAGGGACAUACUGUGACCGCUGCAACGAAGACAGCAGACUAACCCCUCUUGAUCAGUCAUUUUGGUUUUGUUUCAGCUGCAGACAAACCUUAUGCGACUCCUGUGCAAACGAUCACAAACAAUCUGCCGAAGGAAAAUCCCAUCGUUUAAUCUAUUCAUCGGACACAGGAAAUGGUGACGAAUCACAAGCAGAUAAAGUUGAAACUCCUAAAAGCAGUUCGAGUGAGUCCAUCCCUGAUGAAAUAAGCAAUACAGAUGCCCCCGAAUUAUGCGGUUGUUGCGUUUCAAAUGAAAAUGAAAUUCCCACAGGCACUUGUUUAGACUGUAACAAAAAGCUCUGUUCUACAUGCGUAGAUGAACACAUGUUACUAGACGAAACAAACAAACAUCGAUUGAUUUUUAAUGAUGAAAAUCCAGAUCAUGAUUCUAUGACGGAUGAUAUAGCAGAAUCCAAAAUAAGCUUCGAACCAGAACCAGAAAUAACAGGCAUUAAACAAGUCAACAAUGAUAUUUGCCAAUUAUGUCAAGGUUUAGGUACACAGAGUCCGGUUGUUGCAUUUUGCUUUGAUUGCCUUAAAACGUUGUGUGAAAGCUGUCAUAAUCAACAUAUGAUAGACGAUGUUCAAAAGUUUCACAAGAUUAUGAGCCGAAACGAAGACAAACAGUCUCCGGAAAAAGAAAACAAUGACAAAAACAAAAGUGAGGAGCCGAUAAAAGAAGAAGUCAAAGAAGAAAUUACUCCAAAUACAAAACCUGGAAAACCAAAACAAGUCGGGGCUCUAAAUGUUGACAGUGUAACGAUUACAUGGAGCGCACCAACAGAUACACUAGAUUCUAGCUGUUAUCAGAUAAGGUACAAAGAAAAUAAGCAUGAUGCAAAAUGGCAAUACUAUGACGAAGAUAAACCGCAACAUACAACAUUGACCGUGAGAAAUUUAAAAUCACAUUCCUGCUUUGUCUUCCAAGUAAGACUUGUCAACAACGAGGAAGAAGGCCCUUACAGUGAAGUCAGUGAUCCGAUCGAAACCCUUCCAUCCGCUGCAGAACUAGUCUUCGAUUUAUCAGAAGAGGUUUUUGCUAUUGGAGAUCAGCUGAAAUUACGUAAAUUUAGACUGAAUGAAAAUUUAGCUGCGAAAAAUCAUCAACUGAAGACAAGAAAGUUUACAUUAGGCGAAGAAAAGGCGCAUCACCAGAAAGAGAAAACGGUGUUACUACUGGGAGCAUCAGGGACAGGAAAAACAACAUUUGUGAAUGGGCUCAUCAACUAUUUAUUUGGAGUGACAUUUGCUGACGACUUCAGAUUUUCUAUCGUAGCAGCAGAGGAUAAUGAACCAUUUGGAAAAGUACCUGUUUCAAUGGGAGGGUUACCAAAAACAGAAUGGAUAACAUGCUACAAUGUUGUCCCGGUAAAAGGCAGUAAAGUCGACUUCAGGCUAACUAUAAUCGAUACACCUGGAUUUGGUGAUAAAGGCAUAGAGAAAGAUGCAGAAAUAAAAGACCAGUUGAAAGAAUUAUUCUCUGCAGUUGAUGAAAAGGGUGUACUAUUUGUUGAUGCAGUUUGUAUAUUCAUGAGAGCUUCUGAAUCCCGCUUGACAAUAACACAAGAGUAUAUAUAUACUACAAUCACAUCGUUAUUUCAUCGAGAUAUUCAGGAAAACAUAUGCUCUAUUGUCACAUUCUCGGAUGGUAAAGCUCCUCCUGUCCUGGCAGCUCUUAAAGAGGCAAACUUGCCGUAUGAAACUUAUUUUCCCUUCAAUACAUCAGAAAUAUUCUCGGACAAUAUCAAGACAUCACAAACAAGUCUUACAAAAGUUUUCUUUGAUAUGAAUGUUUCUAGUUUCGAUGCAUUCAUGCUUAAAUUGUCAACAAUGAAAACUAAGAGUUUAAGUCAAUCAACCGAAGUGAUAGAGAAGAGGCGGCAGAUAGAAGAAACUGCAGGAAUUCUCCUGUCUCAGGUAGAAAAGGGGUUGAAUAAAAUGGAAGAGUGCAGAUCCGAAAUUGCAAUUCUUGAGAAAUUUAAAACGCAAAUGACUGAUAACAAAGAUUUUAGAUAUAAAAGGAAAAAGCAUGUUCAAAACCUUAUACCGUUAAGAAAAGGGCUUCAUACUACAAAUUGUCUUCACUGCAAUGUUACUUGUCAUGAUAACUGCAUAUAUGAAAAUGAUGAAGAUAAGGCAAUGUGUACUGCUAUGAAUGAAAAUGGGUAUUGCAAGGUAUGUGAUGAUCAUUGUUAUUGGGACAAACAUAAGAAUACGCCAUUCAUUAUUGAAUGGAAAGAAGUGGAAGAAGAAUGCACGUAUGACGAAAUGAUGAAUAAAUAUAAAAAGGCAGAAGCUGAAGUGACAUCACACGAAGGAAUCGUCAACAAGUUGAAGAAAGAAUUGGAUGAAGCGGAAAAUGACAUGCUGAACUUGAUGAAGGAGAUUGCCGAUUGUAGCAAUCAGCUAAGCCAGAUAGCUCUGAGGGCUAAUCCACUUAGUGUUGCAGAGCAUAUUGAUAUCAUCAUUGAAAACGAGAAGUGGGAAAGAAAGCCGGGAUUCCAAGACAGAAUCAAUAAUCUAGAAAAUCUCAAAAAGAAAAUUGCCAUUGGAGAUGAAUUUAAACACUUUCAAAAGAGCAAAGAAGAUAUUUAUAAGUAAAUGAAGGUAGAGCUCUGACAGAACACUCCUGUUUCGUACGAUAAUCACAGAGAACUAAAAAUACUUUCGUUGAUUACAUGUCAUUUGUGGGUCCUUUCUUCCGGAAAACUGAAUAGCAUUUGAAUGGGAAAUAUAAAUAUCCCAAGAUAACUUAUCAAACAACUAUUAACGAGGAAUCUUCCUCCAUGGACAUGUAUAUAUGUUUGUAUAUAUAACCUUUCGUUUUGCUUUUCUUUGAUUUCUUAUAUUAAUCUACUGAUUAUAUUUAUAUAGGAUAUCCAUGAAAGUAGAAUGUAAGCCAUUUACCUGAUUGUUUGAAUCACAAAACCAGAUAUAACAGAUAUAACCAUUGGGUAGGCAAUGUAAUGUUUAUAAGACAUAUCAUAAUUAUAGAUGCCGACAGACAGUCAAAUGAUUAAAACAUUAUCUUAUCAAAUGAAGUUAGGCAUGUUUUCAAAAUAACGAAAAAGGUAACUCUGAUCAUGACAGUUGGGUCACUUGUGAUAUUAUCUUGAUUGAAAAUAUAGAAGAUUCAAAUCAGGUAAAUCAUUAGAUCAGGAAAUUAUUAUAUUUUAUUUAAAAACAUCAAGGAACAGUAUUAGCCAGGUGAAUGCUUUAAAUGUUAUUUAAUUUCCCUGUUUAUUUCUUUUAUUAGUUGUAUUCUCCUAGUUGUAUUAUCAAAGAUUUUAAAAAGCUCGUAUUCUAUCAUCUUUAUAUCAACAAUAUCAUUGUAUGACAGUUUUCAUUUCUGUCGUUUACAUUUUUUUCAACAUAAUUGUCAUGAAUAUAUUUGUAUCAUUCAUUAUAGAUAAUAAUAGCCCGGUCCUUCUUAAAAAAAUAUCACGGUUUUGUUUGUUGAAUUGCUUAAUUUUGGACGCGUUUUGCCAACCAUGAAAUAUAGAUCUUAGAAGGCGCAUUUUCAGAAAGUACUAAAUUUGGUAUAUAACUUGUGCAAGGGGACAUUAAUGUUAGUCUGUUAUAAAUUCCCUUAUUUUCAUACGCAAUUGCUCUAUACAACAUUCACAAACAUAUUUUUUUUUAAAUGAUAUCAAACACAUUUGAUAAAUGGUAAAAUGAAUGGUAAUUCUGGUCACCUGUCAUUUGAAAUAAAAUGUAAUUGUUUUUGAAUAUUUUUCUUUUUAUGAACUAUGUAUCAAGUUUAUAUAAUAUUUCUUUUGUAUUUCGUGUUAGAUUCAUUAGUUUGUAAACGGCGUUUUUAUAUUUAGCUAAUAGUAUUAUAUAUUAUCAGUAUUUUUAUGUUGACCAUCUUAACGUUUUUCUCUCUUUUUUUCCCAUCAAUACAUAUUAUUAUUAAUCAUAGUAAGUGGAUAUAAAAUCGAAACGUUUUCUGAUGAAAGAGAAACAUUGAAAUGUUCGACCCGUUGUGUUUACUUUUCACUUCAAUAAAGAAUAUAUUAAUCAGAAAGCAUCAUAA